AUGGCCGACGCGGGUGAGGUGGACGAGGUGGAGGCCGAGGCCGAGGCCCCGGGCGCAGACGGCGGCCCGCCCCCGGGCGCCGGGGCGGAGAAGCCACAGAGGGCGGGGAGCUCAUCGCGCCGCAACCGCGAGAGGAUGCAGCCCUUCUCCGCGUCCCAGAAGGCGCGGCAGCUGCUGUCCAGCUGCCCGGGGCCCGCGCCUCGGCGGCCGCUGCCGGAGGCGUUGAGGCAGCAGGCGGUGCUGCACUACGACCCCGUUCGAUUCGGUUUUGCGGAAGUGGUCGCGAAGGACCUCCUCGGCUUGUUCCAGGAAGGGGAAGGAGCUCUCGGGGCGGAGUACUGGAUGGCCCAGCUCCAGGGCUACAGCAUGACCGAGGAGGACAAGCGCCACGCCUCCCCUGGCCGCGUCCACGACAGGGUCAAGGCGUGCGAGAGCCUGUGCUCACUGUACGAGGGCUUGCUGCGGGAGGUGGUCGGGCCGCACCUGCUGGGCGCCUUCGGGGCGGCGCGGGGCGCCAGCUCGGGCGCGGGCGCGGAGCUGGCCGCGGAGAGCUCCGACGAGGCUCCAGAGCAGCCGCCGCAGCCCGACGAGCACACCUUGCUGUACCAGUUCCCGCCCACCCUGCGGAUCUACUGCUCCUGCCCGAAUCCGAAGGCAGGCAGCGAGACAAGGAGGGGCAAUACGCAGUAUUCAGAGUCGAAACGCUGA